UUGUUCUCUCAAAUGAUAGUAGUCCACAUUUACUAAUUCGAUUAAAAUGACGGAUAACGCUCGUAAUUCGUCCGGAAACGAAUAUCCACCAUCCGAAACUAGCGUAUCCGGAUUUGCCGAGGUUCAUUUAGAAGAUUAUGGCAGUGACGGUAUCGAUUACAGUGAACGGUUUUUUUAUGAAAACGGGUUUGAAAGUGAUACCGAAGCAAUAAAUUGGGCAAAGGGAAUUGCUAUACAGAUUGGGUUUGAGCUGGUUAUUUCGUCUCACAAGAAAGGGGGGUUGGUAAAACUUUUGAAAUGUUAUCGGGGUGAGAGAUAUAGAGGGUCGCACACAGAUUUAGAUUCUUUUGCACGAAAGAAUACGAAGACGAAGGCCUGCCAAUGCCCUUUCAAGAUUGUGGUGAAAUUUAUUAAUGGCACAUGGAUUGUUCUUGCGAAGUCUGGGAUUUCAAGUAUGCACAAUCAUGCGUUAGCUGUGUAUCCUGAGGGACACCGUCAGAUGAGCGGACUGAGCGCUGCGGCCAAAAUGAUUGUGCGGGAUAUGAGUGCGGCACAAGCUAAGCCGUGUGCUAUUUUGGCGGCUGUUCAAGAAAAAUUUCCAUCUGACAACCCUACAAGAAGACAAGUUUAUAAUUACAGAGAUAAUUUGAGAAAGUCCAGCUUUGAGGAUAGAGAUAUGGUAGGUCAGUUGUUUCAUUUGGCUCUGACGCACAACUAUUUACACUGGACGCUUUCUGAGGAGAGCACAGGUGUGUUGACCCAUCUUUUCAUGUCGCAUCCUGACUCCGUGCGGUUAGUCCGAACUUACCCCUGGGUGAUCGGUAUGGACUCCACGUAUAAGACCAACAAAUACCACAUGCCUUUCUUUGAGAUUAUCGGUAUGACUCCUUCUAACAAGAACUUCUUAAUUGCAUAUGCAAUUAUGAAGGAUGAGACCGAGGGGAGUUACAGAUGGGUGUUGGAAAGGUUGAGGUUUUUGAUUGGCGACCACCUACAGCCGACUUGUAUUUUUACUGAUCGAGAGUUGGGGCUGCUUAAACCAGUGAAAGAGAUAUUUCCACAUACCCCUCAUCUGCUUUGUACGUGGCACAUAAAUAAGGAUGUAGAAGACAAAGAAGUCCCUGAAAAUGGGUGA